AACCAAAUCCCUGCUUCUCUUUCCUGACAUUUAUUAUUCGUUAAUUUUGAAAAGUUCCUAAAGUGUAUCUUUAACGUGUUAUUUUAAGACUAUAGUUUAUAGUUUAUAAGAACAUUAUUGCAAAAUGAGUUCAACGUGGGAAUUAGUUUUAGUGGAAUGGAUUAACUGCCUCAAGCUUUCAAAAGUUAUACAACAGUUAGAAGAUUUACAUGAUGGUAUUUUCUUUUGUAAUUUACAUAAAGUCAUAAAGAAAUCGACAGACAUUUCUCCUGAUGAUUUAACUUUCAUUUUCGACUUGAUAUCAGUUCAUUAUCCUAGGAUUGAAAUAAAGGACAAGGCUAGUGUUCAUGUAUCAGACUUAUCUAAAGAGGAUCUUAUUCAUAUAACUUCUUUAUUAAUGCAUUACACAUGUAUUCAUGAUAGACGAAAUGUUUUAACAUCUCCAAUGUGUUAUAACUUGACAUCACCUACACAGGUGUACAUAAAAAAGUUUUUAGAAAAAAUUAGUAUGCAAGUAUCAACUACAGAGUUACAACAAAUUAUACAGAGCAUUGUUUCUGAAAAUACAAAUAAGCAGCGUCAGUUGUUCGAUGUUAUUAGUACACCUGUUGCAAAGAGGAGCCCAUUGCAAGAUAUAUUGAAGACACCUGCUACAAAAACAAAAAAGUUAGAAGAUAGAGAUAAAGAAAUUGAACAUUUAAGAAGAGAAUUAGAACUCGAAAAGUAUGACAAAGCUGAUUUGUCUGAUGAUUUAAAAAAGCAAAUAGAAAAAAACGCAAAAUUAGAAGCCAAAUUAAAACAAAAAUGUUCAGAAAUAAAGAGAUUACAAGGAGAAGUUGAGUCAUUGGAACUACGUACUCCCCCUCAUUUUCAAGAUGUUGAUUCCAGACAAACAGUAAAGCUUCUGAAAAUGGAGAUUGAGAAUUUAGAACAGUAUGUUCAUCAGUGUGACCGUGAAUAUGAAAAAUUAAGACAAGAAAGGGAUAUAGAAAGAAAUAAGGUAAAAAAAUUGGAAACAAACUCUACAAUGUGGCAAGAGAAGUUUUUUGAAAUUGAAGAGAAAUCGCAAUAUUAUUCUGAACACUUAAAAGAAUUAGAAACCAAGAAUGAAUCAUUGACAGCUCACUGUGUUGAAUUGGAGGCUCUCCUGGAAGAAUAUAGGUGCAGGUCUUCAAACAGUUUUGAAGAAAGUAUUGCUCUAUCAAGUCGAAGAUCAAAAAGUUUUGAACCUUUACAAUCAUGUGAAGAUUUAGCUCAAUCUGUUGUGGAUAUUCAACUGAAAGAGACCCAAAUAAAACUUGCGGAAGCCCUAAAAGACUUAGAAGAAUCAUUAACAGAAAAAAUGAAAGUUCAAGAGGAAAUAAAUUUGUAUAAGUUUCAAAUCAUAGAAUUAGAACACAGUUUUGAAAAAACAAAUUUAGAAAAAAGUGAGGUAGAAUUGAAAUUAACAGAUGCAUAUAGUGAAAAUAAUAAAUUACUGAUUGACUUAAAUUCUCUUGAAUUGUCUAAAGCAAAAAUUGAGAAAGAGUUAGAAGAAAUGGCAAUGCUUUUGAAUGCAAAAGCAAUGAAAUUGAACACUUGUGAACAGGAAAAAAAUAAAAUACAUGAAGAGCUAGUUACACUUAGAGAAAAUUUUGACAAAAUUACAUUAGAGAAAAAUUGUAUUGAAACAGAAUUGAUAGAAGCAAAAUGUAGACUAAAAGAUGUAUCAAAAGAGCAUAAAAACACUCAGGAAUUAUUAGAAGAGGAAAAAAUGUUAAAAAAUAAAGCCAGCGAAAAUUUACAAAAAAAUAUUCAGGAAUUGAAAGAAAAUCAUGAAAAGUUUGCUAAAUGCCAAGAAGAUUUUAAUGCUGUUAAAUUUGAAUUAGAAAAAGAGAGGAAAAAUAAGAUUGAUAUUGAAAACAUCUUACAGCAAACAAAAAGUAAUUUAGAUGAAACAAAAUGUAAACUUAAUAAAUCUGAAACAUUAGCAAAAAAUAUUUCAGAUGAACUGGAAAAAGAAAAAAUAACAAUAGAUACAAUAAACAAUAAACUAAAGGAGACUAACAAAGAUUUAACAGAAACCCUAAAUAAAUUGAAAAACGCAAACAAUUUAAUUGAGAAAAUCACAGAAGAAAAAACAAUUUGUGAAAAUCAACUUGAUCAAUCCAUAAACAAUGUUUCAAAAUUGACUGGGAAGCUUGACUCCUUGGAGAAAACUUACAAAAACAUGCUAGAUCAGGAAAAAUCAAACAAUAAUAUGUUGGAUGAAAAUUUGAAGAGGGUAGGGAAAGAAUUAAAGCAAGCUGAAAAUGAAAUAAUUAAAAACAAAGAACAUUUAGAAAAAAGAGAAAAACAUUUUGAAAACUUAAUCAAAGGUAUAGAAAAAAAAUUAGCUGAAGCUGAAUCGACUAUAGAAAGUUUGAAAAAAAUACUUGAUAGAGUGUCUGAUGACCUAGAUAAAAAACAAAAUGAAAACGACGAUUUGACAAAAAAUCUUUUAGAGAUUGAAAAAAAAAUUAAAAAAUCAGAUUUAAAAAAAGAAGAGCUGGAACGUGAUCUGUCAGAGACAAAAAGAGUACUAAAACAAACGAAAGAAAUUCUAGCUCAUAAAUCUCAACAGUUGGAAGAAGAAAAAUUAAAAAACAACAUUUUAAAUACCAAAUUAUACGAAGAUGCGAAACAUUUAGAAGAUAUUGCUGUGAAAUUGGUUGAAACUAAUAAAAUCCUUGAAAACCAUGUUGUAGAGAAAAACCAACUCACUAAACAAAUAGAUAUAGACAAAAAUAAAUUAAGGAAUACUUUGAACUCGCUUGAUGAACAAAUGGCUAAGAGGGAAGAAGCUCUUCAGAAAUUAGAAGAUACUGAGUCUGAAUUAAGAGAAACUAAGGAAUAUCUUGCAGAUGCUAGAGAGAAUUUUAGUAGGUUGGCUGAGGAGAAAGAUGAAAUUGAGUCUCAGUUGAAUAGAAGAAUUCAAGUUUUGCAGGAAACUAUUGUAACAUUAGAAGAAUCUAUAAGUGUUGCUUCUGAAGAAAAUAAAAAGGAAAAAAUCGAAAAAGAAGAGAUUAAUAAAAAAAUUGAAAAUAUAUUAAAGGAAAAAGAAAAAUUAGAAAAAGUUAAAUUAGAACAGAACCGAAGUCUAGAAAACAUUAAAAAUGAAAAUUUAUUAAUCAUUAAAAAACUUGAAGAUACAGAAAGCUCCUUGCAAGAAACUCUUAAACAGAAACUCAAAAAUGAUGAAAUUGUAAACCAGAAAAAUAAAGAAAUGAAGGAAAUGAUAGAAACCUUUGAGAAGUCAAAAAGUUUGUUUAAUAACGUUUUGCAAGAACUACAACAGAAAAUAGUUGACAACGAAAAGCUCCAAAAAGAAUUAUCCGUUUGUAAAAAUGAUAUUGAAGAUAUCAAACUGUCUAGUUCUUUGGAACUUGAGAAAGUUCAGUCUGAGAAGGAUUAUCUUUCAGUUCAAUUGACUGAUCUGAAAAUAAGAAUUGAACAUAAUACUAAUGAAUUAGAAGAAAUAAAGAGUCAACUGAAUUUAAAGGAGAACUCUUUGAAGGAAUCAAAAGAAUCAUUUGAAAAUAUAUCAGGGAAAUAUGAACAAGAAAUAACAGAAAAAGAAAAUCUACAAAAAUAUUUGCUGCAAUAUAAAAGUGACAUUGAGAAGGUUCAAUCUGAAAAAGAUUGUUUUUCUCUUGAAUUAGCUGAUUUUAAAACUAAAUUAGAUGAAAAUACAGUUUGCUUAGAAGAAGUGAAAAGUCAACUAGUUUUAAAGGAGGAAGCUUUGAAAGAAAUGCAUGUAAAUUUAGAAGAAACACAAAAAUUUUAUGAAAAUGCUCAACAAGAAAAAGAAGAUCUAGCAAAAGAGCUAUUGUUAUGUAAAAAUGACUUUGAAAAAAUCCAGUCUGAAAAAGACUGUAUUUCCUUUGAAUUAGCUGAUUGUAAAACUAAAUUAGAUGAAAGUACAGUUUGCUUAGAAGAAGUGAAAAGUCAACUAGUUUUAAAGGAGGAAGCUCUAAAAGAAAUGCAUGUAAAUUUAGAAGAAUCACAAAAAUCUUAUGAAAAUGCUCAACAAGAAAAACAAGAUCUAGAAAAAGAACUAUUGUUAUGUAAAAAUGACCUUGAUAAAAAUCAGUCUGAAAAAGAAUGCCUUUCCUUUGAGUUAACUGAUUUUAAAACUAAAUUAGAUGAAAGUACAGUUUGCUUAGAAGAAGUGAAAAAUCAACUAGUUUUAAAGGAGAAAGCUUUGAAAGAAAUGCAUGUUAAUUUAGAAGAAUUACAAAAAUCUUAUGCAAAUGCUCAACAAGAAAAAGAAGAUCUAGAAAAAGAACUGUUGCUAUUGCAAAAUGACCUUAAAAAAAGUCAGUCUGAAAAAGAAUGUAUUUCCUUUGAAUUAAUUGAUUUUAAAAUGAAAUUAGAUGAAAACAUAAUUUGUUUAGAGGAAAUGAAAAGUGAACUUAGUUUUAAAGAAAAAACUUUAAAUGAAUCAUUUGAACGUGUUUUAAAUGAAAUUCAACAAGAAAGAAAUGAGAAAGAAGACCUACAAAAAAAAUUGCAUCAAUAUAAAAAUGACCUUGUGAUGGUCCAAUCCGAAAGAAACUCUAUUUUAGUUGAAUUAACUGAUUUUAAAAAUAUUUUAGCAGAUAAGAGUGCAUAUUUAGAAGAGAUAAAAAAUCAACUUGAAUUAGUAUCAGCUGAUAAGAAUACAAUUGAAGAAAAACUCAAGUCUACUGAAGAAAAUUUAUUUAAAACGAAAACUCAGCUAGAAGAAUACAUUGAAGAAAAAGUUCACUUUGAAGACGUUGUUUGCAGUCUCAAAGUCGAAAAAAAUGAAGUUGAAGAACAACUUAAAGAGACGCGCAAAACUUUAGCAGAUUUGCAAGUUUUUUCUGAAGACCAAUCUAAAAAAAUAGAAAAAAUAUCAUUGAUUUUAACUGAAAAGGAGGAAAUAAUAAAUGAGGCUGUAUUGCUUAGGAAUGAAAUGGAAAUAAGAUAUGAAGAAGUUGUAGAAAGUUUAAAUAAUUUGAGACAGGACUAUCAAGAAAUUUGUGAAGAAAGGAAGCUGCAUUAUUGCGAAUUAGAAGAGACAGCCAAAAAGCUGGAAUUGGUUGAAGAAAAAGCAUUUGAAGACAAAUUCGUCUUUACAAGAGAAAUAAGUGAAUUAAAGAAGAAUGCAGCAGACUCAGAAAAAGUAUUGAGAGAAGUCCAAUCCAAAUUGGUUGAUUUGGAAUCUGAAAAGAACUAUUAUAUAGCGUCUUUAGAGGAUAUGCAAAAAAAUAUUGUAGAAAACAAUGGACUUUUAAACGAGACCUCUAAAAACUUUAAAGAAACUCGGGAGAACUUCGAAAAAGCUUCUGAAGAGAACAAAGCUCUCUCAAAAGCUUUAGAAACAACAACUCUUAAACUUGAAGAAGUUGACUUACUGAAGAAUAAAAUAGAGGCAGAAAAACGGAAUGUUGACGAUGAAAAGAGGAUUCUGAUCAAAACCUUGGACGAAACUGUCGAAAAUCUCACGAAAAUGGAUAAAGAUCUGGAAGAAACUCGACGUAAAAUGAAGAUGAUAGAAGAGGAAAAGACUGUCAUAUCGAAUUUCUACAACUUAAACGAGAGUGAACUGAGAAAAGUGACUCAAGAAAAAGAACAAAUUCUUGAAGCCUUGGAAAUGAGCAAUAAGGACAAACUCGAUCUUAUGGAAGAAAAUAAAGAAAUUGAAAACAGGACGGGCGAUUUGGAAGUAAAAAUAGAAGAACUGCUUCAAGAAAGGAACAAGAUUGUAUCUGAUAAAGCGGAAGUUUUGGAAAACCUUCAAAAAAUCAUCAAAGAAAAGGAAGAACUUUUCAGCGAACUGGCAAACAUUUCUGCAUCUUUGGCCUUAGUUAAGAAAGAAAAAGAUGCACUUAUGAGUGACUAUGAAGAUUUAGAAACGGUUUACAAAGAAACCUGCGAACGCAAAGAUAAAGAAUUGGAAAAACUGAGACUCAAACUUGCGGAACUAAGUAAAAUAAAUGAAGUGUUAGAAAGGAAGCUUCAUGUUGUUACAGACGAAAAAGAAAAAAUGAUUUUAGCUGUAGAAUUAAGUCAGAAGGAAGUGCUAAAGAUCAAGAAAGAGCGUAACGAAAUCAUUCACUCACAAACUGAGCUCAUGAAGCAGACAGAAUCCAGUAUCUACAAGGCUCACGAGACCGCCGUUGCAGAAAAGAAAGAACUUGCCACGAAAAUUGACAGAUUAGAAAAAGAAUUGGAAAAAUUAAGGGAGGCGUAUGCAGCAGUGGUUUCUAGCAACGCCAAACAAGAAUCUGAAAGUGUUAAUUUAAGGAAGAUGCUAGAAGAGCGAAACAAACAAAUUCAGCAGUACGCCGGUUUGAAAGAUGCUUACGAAAAGCUGUUGGAAGAAAACAAUAAGUACAUGACUGAUAUUGACACUGUCAAAUUUAAGCGGUCGAAAGACAGAGAAGAGUUCUUGAAUCUUCUGAAGAAGGAGCGUGAGGAGGCUGAGGCGAAACAGAGCAAAAAGCUGAGAGAAGUUCGGGCAGAAUAUGAAGAAAAAUUGGCUAAAAUGAAAGACAAAAUGAUCAAAUUAUACAGGGAAGAGGUGAACAAGGAGAUGUCCAAAUUUAAAAGCGACCACAGUGAAGUUACCUAUCUACAAAAAACUGUUACUGAUCUAAGAAACGAACUUUUCGAAGCUGAGCAGAAAAUUAACAUACUGCAUGCGGAAAAAGACGCAACCAAAGAAUCCUAUAUGGCCAGAGAAUAUCUGCCAGUCGUUCCAUCGUUUGAAAGAAACGGUCCUAAACACUCUAUUUCUAACCUGAGAGGUAGAGGCAACAAAGUCGCUGACAGGGACAGCGUCAUUAGUGCAGCGAGCCUUCCCAGGGAGAGCUACAUCAGAGAUCAGCUGCAAAAACUAAGUAGGACUUCAACUGCUACAUUGCCUGCUAGAUUACACGCUCCUGGUGAUUAUGUUGAAGAAACCAUAACGAUUUCUAGAAGGACGUCCAUUAAUAGUAUAGGACGAAAUUUGGAAAUGGAAGACGAAGAAGACGACUUUUUCAACACGAAGUACUUGGCAGACCUGAAAGAAGGCCGUUGUAUAACGCAGACAGGCCGUGAAUCGAACGUUAGCCGAAUGUCAGAACUUGCAUGGAGGAACUCUAUGGUACCGCCCCACCUAAAAAGCUCGUAUCCCGCAGAAAUGCAGUUUGUCAGCCCAUCCAAGUUCAAAGAAGACGACAUUAAGAGCGGGAAUGUCGAACUGGACGACAGCCUCAGUAAACUACUUCCUGGUGAAAAACAACAGCAGCAGCAUCGUCAGAAGAAAGAAGUGGGCACGACCACAUACAAGAAGCCAGGACCACCGACACCCAGUAAAAAUGGUGGAAGAUUAUCGUUGCAGGGCAACGAAAUUCAGCCUUUGAAAGAGACCAAUCACCAGUCACCCCCAAAAAGGACAACACCCAGCAGGAUAAGAGCCCUUUUUAUGGGACGCAAAGAAAACAAUGGUAUUGGCAGAGACAACGUAGAGAACGUGACUCCAAGAGCUUCAAAACGACUAAGCAUCUUCAAGAACAAGAAAUAAAACUUUUGCUUCUAUAUUUUAAGCUUCUUGUACAUUUUUUAUAUUUAUUACUUAAAGAUUGUGAUCUAUUUUUCUUAAUAAAACAACGCUUUUCG